UUUUUGUACUCGGCGCCGUGGAGACCUCAAAUAAAUGUGGACGCUCAGUGAUUACCUACUAAGCCCAUUGAUAGCUUGGCCGGCAUCAAUUGGCUUUGCGGUCUACUUUAUCAGGCAGUAUAUGCAGGGUGGCCAAUUCAAAAAAGAAACCAAUGAAACCGGCAAGAUUGUGAUUGUGACCGGCGCAAAUACGGGCAUUGGCAAGGAGACUGUCCGGGAGCUGGCCCGACGUGGCGCCACAGUUUAUAUGGCCUGUCGGGAUAGGAAUAGAGCUGAAGAGGCGCGUAAGCAAAUUAUAAGGGAGACUAAUAACAAAAAUGUUUUCUUUCUUGAACUGGACCUAUCCUCGCUGUCGUCCGUGCGUAAAUUUGUUGCAGACUUUAAGGCGGAACAGAAUCAACUGCACGUUCUCAUUAAUAAUGCCGGCAUCUUUCGUGGGCCGCGACGUCUCACGGAGGACGGAUUUGAGAUGCAGCUGGGUGUCAACCACUUGGGCCACUUUCUGCUGACCAUUUUACUGAUAGAUCUACUAAAGAAAUCGGCUCCCAGUCGCAUUGUAAAUGUCUCCAGUCUGGCACACGCUAUGGGCAAAAUCAACGUGGAUGAUUUAAAUGGCGAGAAGUCCUAUGACGAGGGCAAGGCAUAUAGCCAGAGCAAAUUGGCGAACGUCAUGUUUACGCGAGAGCUGGCCAAACGCUUGGCUGGCACUGGAGUAACCGUAAAUGCCCUACAUCCCGGCGUAGUGGUUACGGAAAUAUUCAGAAACCUUCAGCUUGCACAGUCCAAAUUUGUGAUCAACUUUAUCAAGCCACUUUUCUGGCCGCUAUUGAAAACGCCCAAGAGCGGGGCGCAGACCACAUUGUAUGCAGCACUAGAUCCAGACUUGGAUGACGUGACUGGACUGUACUUUAGCGACUGCAAGCCAAAGGAAGUAGCGGAGGCUGCCACGGAUGAGAAGGUCAUCAAGUUCUUGUGGAAGCUAAGCGAGAAAUGGACAGGUGCGCCGAAAGUUUUUUGAUCUAGAGCAAAGGCU